UUGCCGGGCAACUAUGGCCCGUUUAGAACACAGGUAUAGAAGCAUCAUAAAAAUAAGUUAUUCGAAAAUUAGUUUUUUACUAGCUAGCACAAGCUAGCUACCUAAUGCUUUUAUAUGCGAUUGGUGAAAUCAUUAAAAUGGCUUGGAUUGUUCUAGUUAAAUCAUUUCAUAUUUAUCAUUUUGUUUUAUAAGUUGUCAGAUUUCCCAAUAAAAUAAAAUUCAUUCUCAUUAUUUCUUAUAAACCCGGCAUAAACUUUAAUGAAGUUUCAUAGUUGUCCUAAAAAGAUCAUAAAAUGACAUCUAUUCUCAUUAAUUGUAUAUGAGACGAAAUUCUUAACAAUAGCUCUAUUAGUACUUUACUUGUAUACUAUGUUUGAUGUGCCUAAAAAAGGGGAAUACGUCCGGCCUGGGUGACGAAACACCAACAUCAUCUGGUACAUUGUAGUGAUUUUCAUACGUAUCUUUUAAAAUAGUCUAGUCAGGUUCAGUAUCUAGGAUUGAAAAUGGCUUGCUUUUCGAGUUAACAGUUGAGCUUUCCUUUAUUAAGUUAAUUUGUUUUUUAUUUGUGGUUAAUCCUUUUUGGGCAAAUAAGCAUUGUAUUUUCUUUGUACAAGUUACAAAAUAAACUUGGCGGUUAAUGAUUUUAAUAAUGUUCCAGAAAUAAGAGACACGAUUAGCGCAAUAAAAGAUGUCAUCAACUUUGUCGAGAAUCUUCUCUACGGAGAAAGUACGUGCCAAAUAUUCCAGCUCUUUGUGAGAUACGCUGGUCACAAAAAAACAUAAGUAUUGAUAUUUUUCACGAUCAUUUUGAGGGCAUUCUCAAUGGGCUUUUGGCAAUUUCUAGAGAAGGUAAUGCUGCAGCGAGAAAAAACGCUUACCACUUAUAUUGUGUUGCUACCAAGUAACAAUUUAUUAUACGAGUAUCUGCUGGUUUGAUAGGAAAAUACUCAGGAAUAUUAGAACUUGUUGCCAAUGCCCUAUAAUCAAAGACAAUAGAUAUGUAUAUAUGAAAGAAGCAUCUCAGUAACGCGGACCAGGAAUUCCAAUAUGUCUUCGACACUUCUACAGAAACUGCAGCUGUCAUUGGAACCGAUUUACAUAUCCCGCGCAUUACAUUUCGCCAACGACACCAGUCCAAUCAUCCUGCUGAGACUCCAUGCGAUUUUUGGGAGCGAUCGAUCUUCAUCCCGUAUUUGGAUUCCCUUAUAUCCGCACUGGAACAUCGUUUCUUUGAUAAACAUAUGUUAAUCAAAGAAACCAUGUUCCAGUAGGCAUAUGCCUACCUUCGAAUUGAUGAUGUUGCAUCCUGAUGCGAUAUUGAAAAUUUCAUUGGCUGAAUUCAAACAGAAAACACAAAGUUACUAUGGGUUAGAUUCCUUUGAUAAUAACGCCGAACUGAGAUAUAAACGAUGGAAAGAUAUGCCAAGAGAACACCUAAGAGAGCUGAACUUUGCGGAGUUGUUAGAGAAGGCGGAAACAUUCUUUCCUCCAACCAGAAAACCUAUACUAAUUUCUUUUCUCACUGUCUUGCACCACGAGGUACUUCUCUACACUGCGGUGUAGUCAAAACGUGGUUGAGGUCGACGAUGCUCGAUCUUGAUCUAUUACCAUACAUAGGACACAUAAAUGGCCUGUGUAUGUUAAGUGUCCAGCGAAAGAUAGUACAAGAAAAUUUAAUUUUUGUAGCGAACAUAUUAGUUUCACUUGCCUGCCCCCCCCUAAACUAAAUCCUGGCUACGCCCUUGUCCCAGUCAGUCCUAUUCCUUAGUGGAAUCGCAUUAUAAACAGUUGAACGACGCUAACAACUAAUUAUCAAAUAGUAUGCUAGAUGGCGUUUGUCGCAACUUUUCCUUUGGCAUUUAAUUUUUUUAUAUGAUAAUUAACUAUUACUUGAAAUAUUUGUCCCCUCGGAUUAGGUAUCGACUAGUAUCGGAAAAAACCUAUUCCAAAUACCUAAUCCGAUAUUUAUGCCUCACAUCUAUUAAUUUCCUCGUCUGGCAACACUGGCUCCUGUUCACUCAUUUGAUGGAGUUUUUGACGGGAUUUCAUCGAGUACGGUUGGCGUGUCAUUUUAAUUAUUCUUUAAUACAUUUAUAGUAGACAUUGCAAAUAAAAUUGGUGUGGUUUUGUGUUACAAACGUCUGCACAACUGGAGAAUUAGUGGAAUCUUAAAAAAAUACGCUAUACUGGUCAAGUGGAAUUCUUUGCUUGUUUUUGACGGUUUUUGUUGGUAAGUAAAUUUAGGUACCAAUAAAGUUAUUGGAAAAAAAUAAAAAUAAGUUAGCAGGGUGAUAAGUUGAUUUCUUCCUAUUGGAAGUAUCUUCCAAUGUAGGCAAAUAUGAUUAAUCGUGAUAACGUUUAUCCAAUAAAACAAUAACUGCAGUAACAUAGAAAUCUAACCUAAAUGCCGAAGAAAAAAGGCCAUAAAAAUAAUUUAAAUGCAGAUUUCACAAUAAACGACUCUGCUAAUGCCCUUAAGCCAGUGGGAAAACUAAGAAAAUCGGUUGAGACAGCUCCUCCUCCUGAAUUGUCCUGGGACCAACUUCAGGAUGAGGAGUACGACCUCGUGGAAGAAAUUAACGAAGAUGGAACAAAGAGCAUCAUCCGCAAAAAGAAAAGAAACCAUUCCAAGUGUGAAAACAACAUUGAUGACAGCCCUGGUAUUGUUUAUCCUGAGAUUGUAUGGUACCUAAUAUCGAAAUUCAUAAAACCAGAAGAUGUUGGAAGAUUUGCAGGUAUAAACAGAAGUGCAUAUGCAAUAACUAAACGAGAGUCAUUUUGGAGGUCACUCUAUAAUAAAUAUUGUGAGAAUAAGCUAAAGUUGCCCGACAGAUUGAGGUUGGAAAACAGUUACAAAGUUUAUGGACUUCGGCAAAGGGUUAUCAGAGCUCUGUAUCAUACUUAUAAAGUGUUUAACAUGAAAGUUGCUCAUCAGGCAACCCAAGACAGUAAACCUCAUGAAUUGGUGAAAAGGCGCUGCGUGAAUGUCUGGUUCCACAAGGGCGUACAGUAUUGGUCAAUAUAUUUCAAAUUUAAGAAGUUGCACCCGCUAGAAAGAUUUGAAAUGGCAACUAGUCUUAUUGAAGAGCUGGGGCGAGUAGAUGCAAAUCCAGAGGAGAACUCUCAAGUUUUACAGGUUACAUGCCAUAAUUUCUAUGAGGUGCCUCCAUUGAUGGGCAUGACUCUUUCAUCUGUCAGUGUUGUACUAUCACAAGGAUUUCGAUACCAUAGACUUCAUCUUGGCUUCAAUACAGGCUCGCAUAAUGUUUCCAGAGACAUACUGCCGGAGUGUACAGUGAUUCUAGACAGUGUUGUAAGCAUGGUGGUAUUGGACUGGUGGCAUCCUCUAUAUCCUCAUUUUGAUAACACAGUGCCGUAUAACAUGAGGGAUGAAGAAGCAUUGCCAGUCUUGAAAAAGGAUUUCUUCAAUUGAUUGAUUAACAUUAAUUAAUGAUAAGCUAAAAGCUAAUUGUGAUACUUUAGUAGUAUAAACUUUAUUAUAUUUUUUGACUGUUA